AUGUCGGAGCAGUAUCAAAAAUCGGACGAAAUGUCGUCCCCUGAAUCACCCACCGAUGAAGCUCGCGAGGCAAAGUACCAGAAAAGCUACGAUACCCUCGCUGUCCCCGAGAUGAAGCUCCACGAAGCCAGCAGCUCCGAAACCCUCAACGGUCCUCAAACUCCGACUACGCCAGCUCCCAAGAAGAAUACCGAAUGGGGCAUGACACCGCAGGUCAUCCGGAAUGCGCAGCGUGACGAAGCUGCCGGGUUCAAGCGACGCGAACUUGGAGUGACCUGGCAAAACUUGACCGUGGAAGUGCUUGCAGCCGAAGCCGCGGUCAAAGAAAACAUGAUCUCUCAAUUUAAUGUUCCUCAACUCAUCAAAGACAUGCGACGGAAACCACCCCUGAAGGCGAUCUUGUCGGACAGCCAUGGCUGUGUCAAGCCCGGUGAAAUGCUACUUGUUCUGGGUCGACCCGGUUCUGGCUGUACCACACUUCUCAAGAUGCUUGCCAACCGCCGUGAAGGAUACCACACCAUCAAUGGUGAUGUGCGCUUUGGUAAUAUGACACACGACGAAGCAAUCAAAUUUCAAGGCCAGAUCGUCAUGAACACGGAAGAAGAGCUGUUUUACCCUCGCUUGACUGUCGGUCAAACGAUGGAUUUUGCCACGAGGCUCAAGGUUCCGUUCCAUCUCCCCGACGGAGCCAAGAGCGUCGAAGAAUAUACCGCGGAGACCAAGCAAUUCCUUUUGGAGUCUAUGGGAAUCUCGCAUACUGCCGACACAAAAGUUGGAAAUGAAUUUGUCCGUGGCGUAUCGGGCGGAGAAAGAAAGCGAGUUUCUAUUAUCGAAUGCUUGGCCACCAGGGCUUCGAUCUACACCUGGGAUAACAGUACCCGUGGUCUGGAUGCUAGUACCGCAUUGGAAUGGGCGAAGGCUCUUCGUGCUAUGACCGAUGUACAAGGACUUUCUACCAUUGUCACUCUUUAUCAAGCCGGAAACGCCAUUUAUAACCUAUUCGACAAGGUUCUUGUCCUUGACGAAGGAAAGCAAAUUUACUACGGCCCUGCUGCGCAAGCAAAGCCGUUCAUGGAGAAUCUUGGUUUGAUGUAUACCGAGGAGCGAAUAUCGGUCGGUUUUCCUUUUGCUGGCGAUUUCCUCACCGGUGUGACUGUUCCGACCGAACGAAAGAUUAAGCCUGGCUGGGAAAAUAGAUUCCCUCGGACUGCCGAUGCCAUCCUGGCUGAGUACAAGAACUCGGCGACAUACAAGAACGAGAUAUCCAACUACGACUAUCCGAACAGCGAUGUUGCAGCUGAGCGCACAGAGGCCUUCAAAGAAUCCGUUGCCUGGGAAAAGUCAAACCACCUACCCAAGCGCAGUGAUCUGACCAUCAGUUUCUGGGCCCAAAUCAUUGCCUGCACCAAGCGACAGUACCAGAUUCUGUGGGGUGAUAAGUCUACUUUCUUGAUCAAGCAAGUCUUGUCAUGUAUAAUGGCAUUGAUCGCUGGUUCUUGCUUCUACAACUCUCCUGAUACCUCUGCCGGACUUUUCACCAAAGGUGGCGCUGUGUUCUUCUCACUGUUGUAUAAUUGCAUUGUGGCCAUGUCCGAGGUUACUGAGUCCUUCAAGGGACGCCCUAUCCUGAUCAAGCACAAAAGCUUCGCAAUGUACCACCCGGCCGCGUUCUGUCUGGCUCAAAUUACGGCCGAUUUCCCUGUUUUACUGUUCCAGUGCUCAAUUUUCUCGAUUGUCAUCUACUGGAUGGUGGGUUUGAAGCACACCGCGGCUGCAUUCUUCACCUUCUGGGCUAUCCUCUUUACGACAACUCUGGUCAUUACUGCCUUGUUCAGAUGUAUCGGAGCCGCAUUCAGCACCUUCGAAGCUGCUUCUAAGAUCUCUGGAACCGCGGUCAAGGCUAUCGUUAUGUACGCCGGUUACAUGAUUCCCAAGCCGAAGAUCAAGAACUGGUUUCUUGAGCUGUACUACACCAAUCCUUUCGCCUAUGCCUUCCAGGCUGCAAUGGCCAAUGAAUUCCAUGACCAGCAUAUUGAUUGUGUCGGCCGAAAUCUGAUUCCCCACGGCCCAGGCUAUGAGAAUGUUGGAGACGCCCACAAAGCCUGUACAGGCAUUGGCGGUACCCUUCCUGGUGCUACCUUUGUGACUGGAGAUCAAUACCUUGGGUCUCUUCAUUAUAAGGCCACUCAACUGUGGCGAAACUAUGGCAUUCUCUGGGCUUGGUGGGGUUUCUUUGCCGUCUUGACCAUUAUCUACACCUGCUUGUGGAACGGUGGAUCCGGCGGUGGCUCUUCCCUUCUCAUCCCUCGUGAGAGCCUCAAGAAGCACCAAUCCCACAAAGACGAGGAAGCCCAAGACAACGAAAAAAGUGCUCCCCGUACGACCACAGACGAGCCUGUCGAGGUUGGAAAUGACAACCUGGUUCGAAACACGUCAAUCUUCACCUGGAAGAACCUCACAUACACCGUCAAGACCCCUACAGGAGAUCGCGUUCUUCUUGAUAAUAUCCAUGGGUGGGUCAAGCCUGGCAUGCUUGGCGCUCUGAUGGGAUCGUCCGGUGCCGGUAAAACGACACUACUUGAUGUGCUCGCUCAACGCAAAACCGAUGGUACAAUCAACGGCUCCAUCCUGGUUGACGGUCGACCUCUACCCGUAUCUUUCCAAAGAAUGGCUGGUUAUUGUGAGCAGCUGGACGUUCAUGAGCCAUUCGCGACCGUGAGAGAGGCCCUCCAGUUCUCUGCUCUCCUGCGCCAGUCCCGUGACACCCCCAAGGCAGAGAAGCUCAAAUACGUCGAGACUAUCAUUGAUCUUCUCGAGCUUCACGACCUCGCCGACACCCUCAUCGGUGCCGUGGGCAAUGGACUCAGCGUGGAGCAGAGAAAGCGUGUGACUAUCGGCGUGGAAUUGGUUUCAAAGCCCAGCAUUCUCAUCUUCCUGGACGAGCCUACCUCAGGUCUUGAUGGUCAAUCCGCCUACAACACAGUUCGUUUCCUGAGAAAGCUUGCCGAUGUCGGUCAAGCAAUUCUUGUCACUAUCCACCAGCCUUCCGCACAGCUCUUUGCCCAAUUCGAUACCCUCCUGCUUCUCGCUCGCGGUGGCAAAACGGUCUACUUUGGAGAUAUCGGUGAGAACGGAUCCACAAUCAAGCACUAUUUCGGCAACUACGGUGCCAUCUGUCCUUCAGAGGCCAACCCCGCCGAGUUCAUGAUCGAUGUGGUCACUGGUGGUAUUGAGGCUGUCAAGGAUAAAGACUGGCAUCAGGUUUGGCUUGAAUCGCCCGAACAGCAAGCGAUGAUGAUCGAGCUGGACAGAAUGAUCGACGACGCCGCAAGCAAGCCCCCUGGAACGGUCUCUGAUGGCUUUGAGUUCUCUAUGCCUCUAUGGGAACAGACCAAGAUCGUCACCCAGCGCAUGAAUGUCGCCCUCUUCCGAAACACCAACUACGUCAACAACAAGAUGUCCCUUCAUAUCAUUUCCGCGCUUCUCAACGGCUUUUCGUUCUGGAGACCCGGGCCAAGUGUGACUGCCUUGAACCUCAAGAUGUUCACAAUCUUCAACUUCGUCUUCGUCGCUCCCGGUGUCAUCAACCAGCUUCAGCCGCUCUUUAUCCAGCGUCGUGACAUCUACGAUGCCCGUGAGAAGAAAUCAAAGAUGUACUCCUGGGUUGCCUUCGUCACCGGUCUGAUCGUUUCCGAAUUCCCCUACCUUUGCAUCUGUGCGGUCCUCUACUUCGCAUGCUGGUAUUACCCUGUCUGGAGACUGCCUCACGACUCGAACCGCUCCGGCGCGACCUUCUUCAUCAUGUUGAUCUACGAAUUCAUCUACACCGGUAUCGGCCAGUUCAUCGCAGCCUACGCUCCCAACCCUACUUUUGCUGCGCUCGUCAACCCCCUCAUUAUCAGUAUCCUGGUUCUCUUCUGUGGUGUCUUUGUGCCGUACUCUGAGCUCAACGUUUUCUGGAGGUACUGGAUGUACUACCUGAACCCGUUCAAUUACGUCGUUUCUGGCAUGUUGACUUUUGGUAUCUGGGACGCAAAGGUCACCUGUAACGAGGAUGAGUUCGCCUUGUUCGAUCCUAUCAAUGGCACCUGUGCGGAGUACCUGAAGGAUUAUAUGUCCGGCGUUGGAUCUAUGGUCAACUUGAUCAAUCCGGAUGCUACCUCUGGCUGCAAGGUUUGCGAGUACACUAAUGGAAGUGACUUCUUGAAGACUUUGAACAUCAACCAUUACUAUGUUGGAUGGAGAGAUGCUGCUAUCACGGUUCUCUACGCUAUCAGUGGUUAUGCUUUGGUUUUCGGUCUGAUGAAGUUGAGAACCAAGGCUUCAAAGAAAGCGGAGUAG